GUUGGAAGGGCUCUCAGAAAUCAUGUGACAGAUCUGAUGACUCUGUUCCAUCUUCUCUAUGUACUCCAAGAGUCUGAAAACUAGCUGGUGAUCCUCCGCGCAUCUUAACAGUUUGGGAAUUAGUGAAUCAUGUUCAGCUUCAUGCUUUUUUCUACGCUGUUCUCUCCUUUAGUUACUGAACCUGAGAACCACCACUGGUUCUGCAACUCCUCUGAUACAAUUUUUUACUUCAGCUACUGUGGGCAAGACUUGAGCAAAUUGUAUUUAAAUAUCUACAUAACUGCCAACUCCAUGGUUCUGCCAGUGCGUAAACAAGUCCUAUGCCAAGGAUCUAGUGACGUAUAUUCUUUUUGCAGAGCUAUGAAGGGAGAGACUUUGAAUACAACAGUACCAUUUUCCUUCAAGGGAAUACGAUUUCUUAAGGGACAAUACAGAUGUGUUAUAGAAGGCAUAGCUGGGAGUGCUGAAGAAAUGAUCUUUUGUUUGAAUUUUACCAUCAUACACCGUCCACAUAUCAACUAGAAUAAAUGGGUCAUACUUUUGCUUUUCAAAGGUGGCAAUGUCUUAAAAGUUCCUGCGAUUCACUUUUUUUCAGGUGAGGUUGUAUAUGAAGGCAUAGGAAGGUCUGCACGAAGUAAUUUAGUGGUGCGUCCCACGACCCACUCAGGGAAGUACCAGGGUCAGAUGGUAGAGGAAAGGGGGGAGAUAGAUAUGGGCCAGACCCUCUACUCUGUUUUCCAUGGGAAUAAACAGGCAAGGCAGGGGUAGCACCUGGGGUGGAGGAACUGUCCCUAGAUGGAGAGUGGCUCAGCAUGUGGAAGCCCCAGAGAGGAGGUGGCAGGGGAUGUGGGCUCUGCGUUGGUGGGUCUGACUGUAAAGGGUGUGCUCCCUUUACAGUCAACCAACACUGGUAGGGUCAGUCCCUUCAGGGUCAGUUGGAAUCUGCAUGUUAGAGCAUCAGAAUACAAAAAAGAAAAACUGUGGCUAACACAGUUCUUCAUUUGGUGAUUUUCUUUGCAGAAAUAGCUAUAUUAGACCAUUUUUCAUUGAUAUAUGUAAGAACAUGACUUGAGGCUAGGUAUGUGGUCAAGAAAAAAGGUUUAUUUAGCUUACAGCUUUGGAAGCUGAGUCCAAGGUCAGACAGCCCUAUCUACGGGGCCUCUGGAAAGGACUCCUCCCUCUGGCUGUGACAAUGUUGUCUUGGGGACAAGGAGAGAUAAUAUGGCGGGACAGGGAGCCAGAAGAAGGGACAGAGCCUGACUUGCUCUUUUAUAACAACCCACCUCUCCUAGGAACUAAUUGGGAUUCCAAGAAAACUCUACUAACACCAUCCGAGGACGGUUCCCUUUUAGGAACCUAAUCAUCUUGCAGGAGGUCUCUUCUCUUAGAACCUACACCGCCUCCUAACAUAGCACCCUGUGGCCCCAAGCUCCUAGCGUGUGAACCUGUGGGAGACACACUGUGACCACGGUCGAGCCACAACUGCAGUGCAGUCUCUUAGUCCCUGUUGUGGUCAGCUUCCCUGGGCUGUUCUGCUAUUUUCUGACCUGUCUUCUCGUACCUGUUGGAAUGCACCUUCACAAAGGCAGUCUCAGCAAUAAAGCAUUUUCAAAGUA